AUGACAGGGGAUGACCUGUUUGCACAGUGUCCUCCUCUUACCUGUAAGAGGAGUUUAAUGAACAGGGAGAGAGAGACUGUGGACUGUCUGAGCAAAAAGCAAACCAUAGACUUACACUGGUCCCAUCAUGGCCAGGGUCUACAUCAACAUGGUCUGCUUCAUAGCUUUACUCUUACAACUGUGUGCACUCACUGCAUUUGGACAGGACUUUUCCUCACAGUUUAUGAGUAUUAUUACAAUUAUCCCACUGAAAGCCCUGCAGAAGAUUUGGAUUUGACUCUAGAUGACUGGUUGUACGAAAUCCUGGAUAUCACAGAUGAGUGUGAUCCAAACCCAUGUUUGAAAGGAGGUGUCUGUGACCACGCGACUGCUGGGGGCUUCAAAUGUUCUUGCCCUGAGCCUUACUCAGGAAAGAAGUGUAAGACAGGUUUUUUUUUCAGCUUUCAAUUUAAAGCUACUAUGGUGAAAGAUGUUUGCAAGAGCGUGAAAUGUGACCAUGGAAGCUGUGUUGUCACCUCUACUGCUCCAUUCUACGAGUGCAAGCCUCCGUACAAACCACCCAACUGCAAGAAAGCUUCUUCUUGCAGACCCCAAUCCCUGUCAGAAUGGAGGCUCUUGCAGAAAGGAUCCCAAAUGCUUCUCCUUCCAGUGUUCUUCACUGUGCUGAAUAGAAAAACACACUUUAAAAUCAACGUUCAUCCUCUAAGAAAGCCACAUAAUACCUGGCUAAAGGGAAAAUGUUUUUUUUUUCCAGGACAAAAUUAAUGUUUUUGAGGAUGGAGUGUUUUACUGCAGCAUGGGGAGUGUAACAGUUGAAGGGGAAGAGUGUCUGGACUGGAAUUCCUAUUCCAUCUAGCAGAAAGGGGAAGAUCCCUUCAAAGAGUAUGCAGGCUUCGAUGGAAUUGGACCACACAAUUAGUGCAGCAGCUUUACUAGACAUGGACGUCUUGACUGUGUUCUGGAGGGCAGCUGAUGAGGAGGUCGUGCCGGAUUUCUUCUCCAUGGAUUUGAACGAGGUUGUGGUGUUGAUAGACUUUUUCUGGACCGUCUGGAAGGUCUUCUUCCUCUUGACGUGAAGGACCUCCAUGGCGUCCAUGUUGACGCCUUGUUGAA